AAAUAUUUAGAAUUAUUACAUUAAUUAAUUUUUUACUUUUCAAAAUAAUAUAGAAUAAAAAAUCUAAUUUAGCAUCUGUGUGUAUUAAUGGUAAUGAUUAAAGCUGCUAUAUACACUAUUUAGCUAAAACAACUUCCGUCAGAUUCAGAUUAAAUAAAAAAUGUUGUCGUGUAUAUAAACAAAAACUAAGAAUUUUGUAUAUUUUUGAUCGUUACUCAAAACUUUAAAAAAUUAUUGUUAAAUCUGAUAUUAAAUUUUGUGAGGUUUGUGGGAUCUGAGCGCCAUGAAAUAAUUUCAGUCCGGUAAACAGUCGUUAAAAAUAAAAAUUAAAAAAAAACGAAUUCACAUGUAGCAUUCAUUCUUAAGUAUAUGAAAAAAUUGAAAAAUUAAACAUAUGGAAAAAUUUAUAUUAAAUAAAAAUAUAGAAUGCAAAUUGGAAGCCUGUCACUUGCAAGGAAUCUGAAAAUGGGAACCCAGGUGUUUUUCAAAUUCGGGUGUAAAAAAAAAAAUGCUUUUUGUACGGCCAAUCUAAGUUAACUUGGUCUAUUGUUUUAAAUAUAUGAGAUCUGUCAAAUAAGAAAAUAUUGUUUAUAUACAAUACUUAUUUAAAUACUAUAUUUUUGUUAUCCUAUUUUUUAUUAUUUUAAAAAUGCCUCAAAAGGUGAGCCCUAAGUGUGCGCAAUGUGAAAAAGUUGAAUCUCCUAUGUGGAAAUCUUCUGAUGCUGGAAUUAUUUGUUAUGAUUGUUUCGAGCAAAAUAUAAAUACUGAACAAAUAAAGUCGGAAGUCGUCGAGGAACUGGAGGUUCAGAAAGAAGAAAAUGAAAAUGGAGAAAAAAUUAGUUCUAAGCCUAGAAAAAGUGCAAGAAUGACAAGAUUUAAAGCUAAGACGGCAGCGGCAACAAAAGUAAAUAAUAAAGGAAGAGGCAGAAGACAUAUUUUCAAAAAACGGGUAUUUAAAUCUCCAAUGGUGCCAGCUUCUACAAAAACGGUUGAAAGUGUAUUUUAUAAGGGAUCUUACAUGCAAGUUGGUGAUAUCGUUUCAGUUAUGGAUGCGAAAGAUAAUGUAUAUUACGCACAAAUUCGGGGUCUUCUUGUUGACACUUACUGCGAAAAGGCGGCUUUUCUAACUUGGUUGAUUCCAACACAAUAUUCACCAUCUCCUAAUGAAAGAUUCGAUCCAAGCACUUAUUUGAUAGGACCAGAAGAAGAUUGUCCUAGGAAAUUAUCUUGCUUGGAGUUUAUAAUGCACGCCCCAAGCAAUUAUUACCACGACAGAACGACGCCAUUCCCUCCCCCAGAUUCAAUGGAUUUUGACUCAAGACCUACAGGAUUUAUAUGGACUAGUCUGACAGAACAAGCUGUUAAAGCAAAGUAAUAAUAAUUUAAGUACGGAAAAUAUGAAUGUACAGUAUAGCUUAAGUGAAAAGUUGUUCCAAUAUUGAGAAGUAGAAAGAAAUUAAAG